AUGCAACGUAAUCUUGUUUUGUCUGCGUCGUUUCUUGGCUCGCAAACUCGAGCCUCGUCUGCAACUCUUGGUUCAAAGUGCGUAACUCAGAACACUGCUUUUCAUUGUCGGUCCACCGUUCCACCUUCCUGGCCAACUUGUCGUGCUCUACAACAAGCUGCUGUCGUUGCAGGUCCAGUUUCUGCAAAUUGGCCAGUUUCACCAUCAUCGAGUCUUUCUCGUGCUUCAGAAUCUGCAAAUUCUCGUGACGCGACUGGUGCUCGCGCAGCUUGUUGCUCAGUUCCAAGUUCUUCUUCUCCAGCUCCCGAAUGUACUCCAGCUGGCUGUUGCACUCCUUCUCCUCCCGAGUCUGGGCCUCUUUGUAACUCCUAUACUCUUCGUUCUUGUAACGCAAUUCUUGAUCCUUCAAAGCAACAACCUCCUCCAGAUGUUUCUCAAUCUCCUGGAACUCCUGCAGAUGUUUAUCUAACAAACCAGUCUUGGUACCCAGUUCCGACCGCAAAUACUCGUUCUCCUGGUUCGAAGACUGCAAUUGCUGGCUCAUCAGCCUCAAUUGCUCCUUCAGCUGAACGUUCUCGUCAUGAACAAAUUUCAGAUCACUAA